UCCAGCAAGGCAAAGGGCUCUGCAGGGGAUGGCAUGGGACAAGCAAGGGUUAGGCCUGACUCCCCUCCUUGUCCCUGUCCCUGUCCCCCAACCUCAGGAGGGUCCCCAGUGGCUCUACCUGUGGGACUUCGAUGGGCUGCUGCGCGAGUCCCAGCGGGAGGUGCUGCGGCUGCAGAGGCAGAUGGCGUUGCGCAACCAGCGGGAGACACCCCCGCUCCCGCCGUCCCGGCCCCUGGCCCUGCUCUCCAGGCCAGAGCAGGGGAGCCGGCUCCCGGGCCCCGGGAGAGGUGAGCGCCGGCGCCAAGGGCAGGGUAUCUCCCAGAGCCUCAGCUGGUGUGGCCAGGCCCCAGGAGUAGGAUGGGGCUCCCCCUACGAGGGCUGGUGGCAGCCAAAACUGAUACAUCCCGCCUGGUCUGGGGCCAGGACGCCAGGUAACUCUGGGGGAGACCGCCCAGGUUCCUGCAAGCUGGUAUAUGGCUGGGGAGAGAGGCAGAAAUACCUUUGGGAGUCUCUCAAGACACUGAGGAGGGCAGGAGUGUCUGGAGCCAUGGCUGGUGCCUCGGUGAAAGUGGCAGUGAGAGAUCGGCCCUUGAACGCCCGCGAGACCAGCCAGGAUGCCAAGUGUGUGGUCAGCAUGCAGGGCAACACCACCUCCAUCAUCCACCCUGAACAGAGCAAGGAUUCCCCCAAAAGCUUCACCUUUGACUACUCCUACUGGUCACACACUUUAGCAGAGGACCCCCAGUUUGCAUCUCAGCAGCAAGUGUGUCGGGACAUUGGAGAAGAGAUGCUGCUCCACGCCUCUGAAGGCUACGACGUGUGCGACUUUGCCUACGGGCAGACCGGGGCUGGGAAAUCCUAUACCAUGAUGGGGCGGCAGGAGCCAGAGCAGCAGGGCAUCGUGCCCCAGCUCUGUGAGGACCUCUUCCCUCGCGUUAGUGAGAACCAGAGUGCUCAGCUAUCCUACUCUGUGGAGGUGAGCUAUAUGGAGAUCUGUUGUGAGCGGGUACGAGACCUCUUGAACCUCAAGAGUCGGGGUUCUCUGCAGGUCUGGGAGCACCCCAUCCUGGGCCCCUACGUGCAGGACGUGUCCAGAUUGGCUGUGACCUCCUACGCAGACAUUGCUGACCUCAUGGACUGUGGAAAUAAAGCACGGACUGUGGCUGCCACCAACAUGAAUGAGACCAGCAGCCGUUCCCAUGCCGUCUUUACCACCGUCUUCACACAGCACUGCCAUGACCAGCCCAUGGGGCUAGACUCGGAGAAGGUCAGUCAGAUCAGUUUGGUGGACCUUGCUGGGAGUGAGCGAGCCGACUCCUCGGGCCGGGGCAUGCGCCUGAAGGAGGGAGCCAACAUCAAUAAGUCCCUGACUACACUAGGGAAGGUGAUCUCGGCCCUUGCAGAUAUGCAAUCAAAGAAGCGGAAGUCGGAUUUUAUCCCCUACAGGGACUCUGUGCUCACCUGGCUGCUCAAGGAAAAUUUGGGUGGGUGGGAACUCACAGCAAUGAUGGCAGCCCUGAGCCCUGCUGACAUCGAUUACGAGGAGACUCUCAGCACCCUCAGGUAUGCUGACUGCACCAAGCAGAUCCGCUGCAAUGCCAUCAUCAACGAGGACCCUAAUGCCCGGCUGAUUAGAGAGCUGCAGGAGGAAGUAGCCUGGCUGUGGGAACUGCUGAUGGCUCAGGGACUGUCAGCCUGUGCUCUGGAAGGCCUGAAGACAGAAGAAGGGAGCGUCAGAGGCGCCCUGCCAGCUGUGUCAUCUCCCCUGGCUCCAGUUUCACCCUCAUCACCCACCACACAUCAUGGGGAGCUGGAGCCGUCAUUCUCCCCCAACACGGAGCCCCAGAUUGGGCCCGAGGAAGCCAUGGAGAGGCUGCAGGAGACAGAGAAGAUUAUAGCUGAGCUGAACGAGACGUGGGAGGAGAAGCUACGCAAGACAGAAGCCCUGAGGAUGGAGAGAGAAGCAUUGCUGGCUGAGAUGGGGGUGGCCGUCCGGGAGGAUGGGGGAACUGUGGGCGUCUUCUCUCCAAAGAAGACUCCCCACCUGGUGAACCUGAACGAAGACCCUCUGAUGUCUGAGUGUCUGCUCUACCACAUCAAAGAUGGCGUCACCAGACCCCACACUGUGUCCUACCUUUGUGCCUUUCCUCUUCCUGGAAGAUCCUCCACACCUCACAGCCCCCUUCUACUGGCUGGCUCCUACUCACCGGGUCUUGCUCUGUUGCCCAGGCUGGAGUGCAAUGACACCAUCUUGGCUCACUGCAACCUCUGCCUCCCGAGUUCAAGCGAUUCUCCUGCCUCAGCCUCCCAAGUAGCUGGGAUUACAGAAAUACUCACGAAUGUAUACUCAGACACAAGACCAGCAUGUCCCAAGCAAUCUACAGUGAGAUCUUCAAAAGAAGAUCUGCGGAGCCCUCACCAGAAUCACCCUUAAUGAAGAGUCACAGGGGGAAGACGUCCAUACACGCAUGAGGAGACAGGCCUGGAACAGAGCCUUCCUGCACAGCCUCAGAAAGGACCCACCCUGCUGACACCUGGAUCUCGGACCCAUGGCCUCCAGUGCUGCGAGAUGGUAACAUUCUGUUUUUGAAGGUGCCCAGUCUGUGGUACUGUAAAACAGCCCUAGGAAACUAACACAGCCUGUUAGCCCACAGAUGGUGGAGAGAUGGAGUGCUCAGUGGAGCUCCAGGCUUACUGUCUACAGCUCCCAAAGUGUGCUACUGGACCCUUGGAUGGGUGUAGGUAUGCACAAUAAUUUUGGGUGGUGCAGGGUGAAUAAUUUCAAUUGACAUAAUAAUGUGUUUAUCUUACUGGGUAAAUCAGGGGUCCCCACCUGUUAGGAACCAGGCUCCACAGCAGGAGGUGAGCAGCCAGCCAGUGAGCAAAGCUUCAUCUGUAAAAACAGCUGCUCCCCAUCCCUCGCAUUACCGCAUGAGCUCUGCCACCUGUCAGAGGAGUGGUGCCGUUACAUUCUCAUAGAACCCAACUGUGAACUGCGCAUGCCAGGGAUCUAGAUUGCGUGCUCCUUAUGAGAACCUAAUGCCUGAUGAUCUGUGACUGUCUCCCAUCACCUCCUGAUGGGACCAUGUAGUUGCAGGAAAACAAGCUUAGGGCUCCCACUGAGUCUAUAUUAUGGUGAGUUGUGUAAUUAUUUCAUUAUAUAUUACAGUGAAAUAAUAAUAGAAAUAAAGCACACAACAAAUGUAA